AACGGGUUCAAUGGAAGAUCAUCUGUCCGAGUCAUCAUGCUCAAGAAAACCGCAUGCCAUCUGUUUUCCGGCACCAGCGCAGAGCCACAUAGGCGCGAUGCUCAAACUGGCAAAACUUCUCCAUCACAAGGGCUUCUACAUCACCUUCGUCAACACCGAGUUCAACCACGCACGGCUACUCAAAGCGAGAGCCGGUGAUCCUAAUAGCGCCGUGGAGGGGGACCUUUUAAGCGGCAACCGUUUUCGGUUCUUGACGAUCCCUGAUGGGCUUCCCCCUUCGAAUGCUGAUGCGACGCAGGACUCCGUCUCGAUCACUAAGUCAGCGAGGCACCACAUGGUCGCUCCUUUCUCUGACCUUGUAUCCAACCAUCUUCGUCACGCUUCCGAUACUUUGAAGGCAACUGGUACUGCUAGUUUUCCUCCGAUUUCUUGCAUCGUUGCAGAUGGUUUCAUGUCGUUCACUACAUGUCCCGCCGCUGAAAAGUUUGAGAUCCCCCUCAUAAAUUUGUGGACUAUCCCGGCCUGUGCCCUCAUGGGGCUCAUGCAAUUUCGCGCCCUCAUGGACAAGGGUCUUGUACCUCUCCCAGAUGAAUCCUAUCUGAGCAAUGGCUAUUUGGACACUCCCAUUGAUUGGAUCCCUGGCAUGAAGAACAUGAGGCUACGCGACAUGCCCGGCUGCUGCCGCAUCACCGACCCUGACGACACUUUCUUCAACUACAUCUUGGGAGUCGCCGACCGAGCUCAGAAAGCCACAGCUACCGCCAUUCACACUUUUGAAGCGCUGGAGCCCCACGUUUUAAGUGCCCUGUCCUCGUUGGUCCCUAGACUUUACGCGGUGGGACCACUCAAUCUACUGCUCAACCAAAUCCCCGGAAGCGACCAGCCGUCUGUCGUGAAGAACAUUGGAGGCAAUCUGUGGAAAGAGCACAGCGAAUGCAUCCAAUGGCUGGACUCGAAGAGACCCGGAUCGGUGAUUUACGUCAGCUUUGGGAGCGUAGCAUGUCUGACGCACCAGCAGUUGGUAGAGUUUGCAGUGGGACUGGCCCGUAGCGAGCAAUGCUUCUUGUGGGUCAUAAGGCCGGACCUGGUUAUGGACGCGAGUGGAAUUGAUCUUCCGGGUGAGUUUCUUGAAGAAAUCACGAGAGAGCGGGGUCUUCUCUCGGGUUGGUGCCCACAAGAGAAGGUACUAAACCACCCUGCUGUCGGAGGGUUCUUGACUCACUGCGGGUGGAGCUCGACCAUUGAGAGCUUGUCGGCCGGAGUGCCGAUGCUCUGUUGGCCACGUCAAGUCGACCAACAGACUAUUUGCAAGUAUGCUUGUGACGAGUGGGGGGUCGGGUUGGAGAUCGGUAGUGAUGUGAAGAGAGAGGAAGUCGGGAAGCUUGUGAGGGAGUUGAUGACGGAAGGAGAGAAGGGGAAGAAGAUGAAGAAGAGGGCUAUGGAGUGGAAGGAACUCGCAGCGCAGGCGGUUGGUCCGCACGGUUCCUCCUCCAUUAGUUUGGACAUGUUGAUCAACGAUAUCUUGUCUAAAUAAUUAGUUGGUUGUAUAGAGUCCUACGACUAAUAUUUGCAUGUUUUCUGUGUUCCCCGGUCGUCAUUAAGUUGAAGAUGAUUUUGGAGUUUGAUGAGGAA